AUGAUUUGCCUCUCCAAAGCCGACGAGCACACGCUGCGUCACCUAUCUUUUAACCAGAGCCCGCCCGCUCUCUCACACAGUCAGACCACCUGCGAGGACCUCAACGGCAUGGCCAAUCUGCGCGAGCACGUCGCGGCCGACCAGGACGACGGCGGCGGCGCCAAUUCUGGUCUCUUGGGCGCCGACGCGCAGGACGAACGACUUCAGCACGCUUCGCGGUCGCCCGAGCCGGUGUCCAAGGUGGCCGAAGCAGGACGGUGGCUAAACGGGCCAUCCCUGUCUUCUCACGCGUCGGCCCCUGGUGGUCAUGGCCACGGCCCGCGUGCUGCUCCAGCAUCUUAUUCUCAGCGUAAAAACGCUUGGGGAUGGGUGACCUGGAUCGUAUCCGUUGUUGUUGCUUCCUCUGUACUCUCCUCUUUUCGGGAAAAUUCUGCCGCCCGGACCGCGGUCCCGGCCUCGUCUCCCAUCUCCCUCGGCGAGCCCACUCUGCUCCUCUUCAACGACACCACCACUGCCGCUUCGCCCACCGCGCCGCUCCGCAAGCGCUCAACCUGCGCGAGCGGCGGCGUCGGCGGUGAUGAAUACAAUCUGCCGCUGCAUGUCGGCGCGCUCUUUGUCAUCCUCUUCGUCUCCUUUACCGGCUGCGCGUUCCCGCUGCUCGCCGCCAAGUUUCCGCGCCUGCGCAUCCCGGCGCGCUUCUUCUUCGUCGUCCGCCACUUCGGCACCGGCGUGCUCAUCGCCACCGCGUUCGUCCACCUGCUGCCCACCGCCUUUGUCUCGCUCAACAACCCGUGCCUGUCCAGCUUCUGGACCAAGGACUACCAGGCCAUGCCCGGCGCCAUUGCCCUCUCCGCCGUCUUCCUCGUCACCGUCGUCGAGAUGAUCUUUCACCCGGCCCGCCAGGUGCCCCCCGAGGACAUCAGCCUUCAAGGCGCCGGCGGCCACCAGGGCUGCAUGGCCAACGUGACGUUUGUCACCGACGAGCGCGGCGAGGACGGCACCGCCCAUCCGCAGCAGCCCAUCCGAGACCUGGGACCCAUCAACGGAAGGCAGUCGAGCGUUGGCCAGAACUUGUCGCAGCUGAGUAGGUCUCUGUCUACGUCCGUUGACGGCUCGCGCGACCAGGCGAAGACUGCCGCGGCCAAUAAGAAUGAGGCGGUGCUGUCAUCUGAUGAAGACUCAUUCCGCCCGCCUACGCUUUCCGCACACCAACAGCUGCGCAGGGAUCGACUUCAAUGCAUUCUCUUGGAACUGGGUAUUCUGUUCCAUAGCGUCUUCAUUGGUAUGGCUCUGAGUGUAUCUGUCGGGAACGAAUUCAUCGUUUUGCUCAUCGCAAUUACAUUCCAUCCUUUGGGCUCUCGUAUCGCAGCCGUUAGAUGGGAAAGACAGACCAUUCAGCCGUGGCUCAUGGCGCUGGCCUAUGGCUGCACGACGCCUCUCGGUCAAGCUAUUGGACUCGCCACGCAUACACUCUACAGCCCCGACUCUGAGGUCGGUCUCAUCCUUGUGGGUGUCAUGAACGCCAUCUCGGCUGGUCUUCUCACGUUUGCAUCGCUCGUCGAGCUUCUCUCUGAAGACUUCCUGAGCGACGCGAGCUGGCGCUACCUGCGAGGCAAGUCCCGUAUCGGGGCCUGUCUCUUGGUCUUCCUGGGUGCGUUUGGCAUGAGUCUCGUGGGCGCUUGGGCAUAA